AUGGAUCCCUCUAUAUUGCCGACAGACUACUCGUCCUAUGCUUCGUCGUCGUCGUCUUCGAAUAUGGCCACAUCCCAUUCGAACACGCCCACCACAUCCGGGAACCCACAGAGCCCCAACGCGCUAGCUAUGAACCUACUCCAAAACCUCAUGCAGAUCCAAGGGCUAGAAAAUAAUAUCGUCCAGCAACAACUUUCCAGCUCAAUCAUCCCUGGGGCGGGUUCUGGACCGAACACUACGCAGGUGCCGCAAACGUUCACCAAUAACUCGGCAUUGCUGCUUGAACAGCAGAUCAAGCUGUCACAACUCCAACAGCUGCAGCAGUUGCAGAACCAGAUCUUUCAGCAGCAGAUCGCUCUAAUUAGUGGACAAUCACCAUCCAUGCUCCCGUCGUCGCCCCAUGUGGAUCCUUCGAGACAAUCAGCAGGCGGUAGCGAUCAAUACACUGGUCUUCCAACACCCGGACCAUCCGCUGAAAUUCGUCCACAAAGACCAUCGAUGUCUAUGGAUUUUGCUACCUUAUCACCAUCUGGCUCAGUUACGAAUUACAUUGAACCCCUUCCUCGUGCCCAAAUUCCACUACCAGCUUCAGCAGCAUCUUCAUCGAAUUCAAACUCGAAUAAUAUCAACGAACAUUCACAACACCAACUUUCACCUAAUCCGAACAUGAUCCAGAGUCAGCAUUUCAAUCCACAUCAUUCUUCACCCUCCCACGUCCGGCAUGGUUCGCUGGAGGGGACGAAUUUGAACCCGAAUCUACAAAGACAAUUGCAGGCAUUGUCAAGUUUGCACCAUCAAGCGACGCAGAGACCACAUCAUCCUCUCCGUCAAGGUCGAACACCUAAUUCUGCAUCUCCGUCAUUCGACUUUCAACAUGACCAGGACGGAAUGUCUUCUCCGAUUUACCCGCCUACGUCUCCUAUCCACCAUCCAACCUCGCCUCACCAUGAACAAGCGCAUCGUAACCCAAAUUACGAACAUCAUAGCCAAAAUCACAAUGCAAGGCAUCAUCACCACCACCAUUUAGUUGCCCCGCAUUCGGCCCCUGAAAGGGUGGCUUUCCAGAUCUUCCAAGGGCCGUUUCCUGGAGGUGGCGGUGGGAUUCCCGGCUUGACGCUGGGCCCUGCAGGGAUACCGGUGGAUGAUGGCCAGGGCCAGGGGAGGAGGAUGAGUUUGACCGAGUCCCCGCGGUAUACACAGGGCCAGGGACCCGCAAUUAGCCACAUCAACCAAAUGCAAAUUUUGGACCAGGACAUUUCGCCGCUUACGAGUCCUUGGCUGGGUGCGCAUCCUACUGGCAGUGCGAAUGCGAAUCAAUCCAACGCUUCGCCUAAUGCAAGUAGUGGUCCCUCGAGUAGGAGCAGAAAUGCGCAUCGAACUUCGGCUUCUGCAAGUAUGGGUGUGACAUCAUCAUCAUCGUCUGCGGGGAAGGCGGGGGGAGCGGGUAGCAAACGGACUGCUUCGAGUAGUGGAGAUGAGGGUGGUGGAGGUAGUGGGCGAUCGAGGAAGAAGCAGAGUCCUGCGAUUAGGCCGACGCUUGGUCUGAGUAUGAGUGCUGUUGUGUCUCCUGGGGAGCGGGAAAGGGGGUCGAUUUCACCUUUUGGAGGGGCGAAGAGCGCAGGGGGUGAUGUCGGGAACGAUGGAGAGAAGGAAGAAGGUAAAGCUGUGGAUAAGCGGAAGGAGGGUGUGGAUAAAGAGCAUAUGCUUUCGUCCUCGUCGUCGUCCUCUGCGAGGUCGGGUUCUGUGUCGGGCUCUGUGUCCCCGGCUCCGGAUCUCUCCACGCCUUUGGAGAGUACGGCUAAUUCUGCGUCUGGUCCUCUUGCUGGUUCGAGCGCUCCGAACGCAAAGGCGAAUACUCGUAGACCCUAUCGUGGAUCGCUCUCGACAAACUCGACGCCUUUGAUGAGGGGUACCCCGAGUCUUGUUAUGACACCAGCGUCUGCUGCUAAUAGUCGAGCGAAAGAGAAAUCGAGAUCGAAAAGUCGUGGACGGAGCGGGUUGAGUGCCGGAGGUGCAGGUGCAGGCGGGGUGCAGGAUACGCCGUCGCCUGUUGAUCUGAAUAAUAACGAGGAUGAUUCUGCGCCUGGAGGGUCAGGCGGGAGAGUGGAUAGGUCGAUGCCACCGCCUCCUUUGCCUGCGUCUGUUGCCCGCGGAAAUGGUGGAGGUGGAGGUGGCAUGGAGUUGGAUAUGGGUGUGGAGCUGGGUAUGGGUGUGGAUGGGAUGAUGGGGAUGAAUAGGAUGAGGAAUGAUCAAGGCGGAGAGAGUCUGGGGAUGCAUUUUGGAGAGAUGAUGAAUUCGCAUGUUGAGAAUCAUGAGCAUGACCUUGGCCGGAUGGACGGAAUUGGGAUGAUGGGCAUGGGUAUGGGUAUCAGUGGUAUGGAUAUGAAUAUGAAUAAUUUGGGUGGGAUGGAAGGUAUGGGGAUGGGGAUGGGUCUGAGCGGCAUGGGUGGUAUGGAUAUGGACAUGGAUAUGGGGAUGGGGAUCGGCUCGUUUGGCGGGAUGGAUAUGAUGGAUAUGGGGAACGGGGUGGAGUUUGGGUCCCAUGGGUCAUCGCAGCAGCAGCAAAGUCGAGAGCAAAAUCAAAACCAAGGCUCGAAUCAGCAGAUGCAACCACCACCACCCUCGUCGCAGAAUCAGUCUCAACGUUCGCAGCAGCAGCAGCAACAGCCUCUUGUGCCGGUCACCCCGGCUAGUAUUAUGAACCUUGGACGGUUGGGUAUCAAUAACGCUGCGGGUGGCAGUGGUAGGCUGGGUUCUGCGUCUGCGUCCGCGACCGUUGCGUCCGCUUCUAAUUCUGGUAGCAACGCGGGUGCUUUGGGUUCAGCAACUAUGGGUAAGCAAACGAAGACUGGGAAGAAGGAAGGAGCUGCUUCAGCGGCUGGAAAGGUGACUUCUGGCGCUGCGAGUGCAUCUGCAACGGUGACGACUAGAAGCGGGAGAGUGUCGACGCGAAGGGCGGGUAUGGGUAAUAUGGUCAGUCCUAGUUUGAAGCCUUUGCUUCCUGCGGGUUCCAUGACACCCAAUAUGGACCCAACUCUGCCUUCGCCCAUGACAGUUUCUGCCCCGAAUACGCCUCGCACGUUGCCCGUUGUCACUGGUGGCAUGGGCGCACCGUCGUUUGCAGGCGGACCACCCAUGCAUGUGCGCAAGACGUCACAUAAGGCGGCUGAGCAGAAGCGACGCGACUCGCUCAAAACCACGUUUGACGAUCUGCGCAAGCUGCUCCCGCCCAUUGCGCUGCCGACCGAUGCGGAGGCUGGCGGGGAGGCAAUGCUCACUUCACCCCUGUUCAACCCAACGACGCCGCUGCUGCCUGGUGCGCUACCUCCCCGCGGGCCACCCAAGGCUGGAGGCGAAGGCCCGAAUAAAGGGGUGAGUAAGCUGCAGUUGCUGAUUUGCGGGAACGAGUAUAUUAGGUUGUUGAAGGGCAGAGUGGAGAGGAGGGAUGAUGAGAUUGGGAAGCUUAGGAGGGAGAUUGGGAGGUUGAGGAUGGUUGUUGAGGAGAAGGGGGGUGAAGGGGUGGUGGAGUCUGGGGAAGGUGAGGGUGAGGAGGCGUUGGAUUUGGAGAAAGAUCUCGACGCUGUUGAAAAGAAUGCCAUUGCGGGUGGCUCGCAGGCUAAAAAUGGGCCGACCAACGACGCGGUCGGUGGGGACGAUGCUAUGGACGAAGGUGAUGACGAAGGAGACGAUUAA